CUUAAUGCGGCACGACGACUCUGAUUUUGUACAUCUUAGAGGAAUAGAGUGGGGGAUUUGAUUUUAUUGACCAAAUGAUAUCCAAUCCACAAUACAUAAAAGAAAGCAGCAUGAAAAAGGGUCCACUACUAUGCAAUCUUAUCCGUUGUCAGCCAAUAGGCUAACGUUUUCAUGUACAUCCGGCUCUCAACUUUUCAACACUAUCCACAAAACAGAUAUAGAUUUAGAUUUAGCUCCUCAAUUCUCAAAAAAAAAAAAAAAUGGCUCGUUGCAAUUCAAACAAGAAUCCCAUAAACUCUUACUCUUAACUAGGGAGGGAGAGAGAGAGUCAUGGCACAUUCACUAACCCCGGCGGCAGCCAGUGCAACAACACCCUUCUCAACCACAUCCAAGAGGAACAACACCAAUUUCCCUUCUCCAACUUUUCUCAGAGUCCGGGCUUCCCACCAAGCUCAAAAUGUUGCCCCGGAUGACAAUCAUAAUAAUAUCAUUAACCGCAGGACUUUGAGCCUCGGGUUGGCUGGUGCAGUCCUUAGCUUGAACGGUGGUGACGGGAGCGCGAGAGCCGCCGGGAGAAGGCCUCCUCCACCCCCACCGGAAGAGAAGAAGGACCUGAAUUUGAGCGGCGUUCAGGCAAAAGUAUUGGCUAGCAAAAAGAGGAAGGAAGCCAUGAAGGAAGAAAUAGCCAAGCUGAGGGAGAAAGGAAAGGCCGUUAUCAAACCGCCCUCUGAAAAACCACCGCCACCUUCGCCUUCUGAAUAGUUGUCCCACUAUUUUACCAUCCACUUGUAAUUUGCUCGUGUCUUUUCUUCAGAAUCACAAAGAUUAAUUUUGUUUGAAUGGAGAGGAACGAAAUGUGUAUUCUUUUGUGGCGGAGAAAGUAUCAUUCAGCAAUGAGCCACUAAAACUAGAAAUUAAAAUGGGCAGGUAAAAGGACUUCGUCUACACAAACUUGUGAUUUCCAAU